GCACACGCUUCGAGCGAAAGGUGAUGAACGGUCUUUAGAAAAGGUCUCCAAUUUUCAAUUUUUUUUUAUUCAAUCUUUUCAUUAAUAUUACUAAAUAUUGAUAAUUUCUUUUAUCAAUAAUUGAGAUUGUUAAGGAUUUUGUAAAAAAAAAAGUUUUUGAUAAUGUAAUUAAUAGCAAUAAUAAAAUCAAUUUGUCUCUGAGUUAAUUCUACUAUCAAAUAUAAAGUAUCAACUAUAUGCUUUUAGUUCGUGUCAAUCGUAUAUAAUACUCCGGUAAAUCAGUUCGAUGAUACGAGUGUCAUUUGUAUAAUCAAAACAAUGGCUGGAUCUGCAUUAAGACGAUUAAUGGCCGAAUAUAAGCAAUUAACCUUAAAUCCACCAGAAGGUAUAAUUGCUGGACCAUUAAGCGAAGAAAAUUUUUUUGAAUGGGAAGCAUUAAUUACAAUAUGAAGUAUAUUCGUAGAGGACCAGAAGGGACAUGUUUUGAAGGUGGAGUAUUUCCAGCGAAAUUGAUAUUUCCAUCCGAUUAUCCACUUAGUCCACCAAAAAUGCAGUUUACUUGUGAAAUAUUUCAUCCAAAUAUUUAUGCAGAUGGAAGAGUAUGUAUAAGUAUUUUACAUGCUCCUGGCGAUGAUCCUAUGGGAUAUGAGAGUAGCGCAGAAAGAUGGAGUCCAGUACAAAGUGUAGAAAAAAUAUUGUUAAGCGUAGUGAGUAUGUUAGCUGAACCCAAUGAUGAAAGUGGAGCAAACGUUGAUGCUGCAAAAAUGUGGAGAGAAGAUAGAUCUGAGUUCGAGAGAAUUGCACAGAAACUCGUUAGAAAAACUCUUGGAAUUCCAUCUUAAUAAAUUAUUUAUCUUGUUAAUUUAAUUUUAUUUAGAAGUAAUGCUGAAGAAAAGUGGCUUAUCUUUCUCUACUAUUUUCUGUUUGAAUCCAUAUAAUAAUAUUUAUUUUAAAUAAAUAUAAAGCAGACCAUUGUCUACUUCUAUCUAUUAUUUAUGUAUAUAAUGAUAUAUAAAUCACUUUAAAAAAAUUCAACUAGCCAAGAAAUGUUUUUAUUAAUACAAAUAUAAUCAUUGGAAUUGUACACUAAAUGAUUAUUUUGUCUAUUACUUAUUAGACAAUAAAUAUUAUUUUAUGCGUGAAUUAAACUUUCCAAUUAAAUACAAUUGCUUUUAUAUUUUAUGUAGUAUAUUAUAAUGCAAAAUAAUAAAGUAAAAAAUGAUUGUCUUAAUAGUUCAUUAUAUUAUUUUAUUUGUUGUAAAUUGUAUAAACGUAUCUAUAGGAAGGUGUACAUUUUCUGUUUGAUGUAACUAUUCUUAUCUAUCUAUUAUAAAAUAUAAACAGUUAUAAUUUUGAAAA